AUGAGUCUGGGCAUCAUGGAGGAGGAGGACCUGGCCGAGUACUUCCGGCUGCAGUAUGGGGAGCGGCUGCUGCAGCUGCUACAGAAGUUCCCCAGUAUUGAGAACCAGUCGGACUCUCCAUCCGUUCGGCUACUGGAGAAGAAGAAGGAGGCCAAGAUUAUGCACCAUGCCAUGGAGCAGAAGAAGGAGACGUUUCAGCGCAGAAUGGAAACCCUGAACCUGCGCUGGGAGGAACUGGGCAUCAAGGAGGCCCAGCUGAAAGCCCACAUACAGAAGUUUGAGCAGUUCAUCCAGGAGAACGACCAGAAACGGAUCCGGGCCCUAAAGAAGGCCAAUAAAGAGCGAGAACUAAAGAGGCAGCGCAUGCGCGAGCUGGCCAAGGCCAAGCAGGAGAUGGCGGUCCUGCGACUGGAGCACCAGCGGCUGAGCGCCAAGCUGCAGGAGUACUCCAUCUUCAACAAGUACCUGGAGAAGGUGGUGGAGAACUCCGAGUUUGAGGAGAUCCACGAGGUGAUCGCGCGCUACAAGACACUGGUGAGCAUGCACCACGACCUCAUGCAGUCGGCACAGGAAGGCCAGGAGAAGAUUGAGCGUGCCAAGGCGCGGCUGGCACGCUACAAAGAGGAAAAGGACGACGAGAUCCUGCAGCACAACAACGAGCUGGCGCGUCUGCAGAUGCGCUUCGACCGUGCCCGCAGUGACGUCAUCAUCUGGGAAUCUCGCUGGGCGCACAUUCAGAACACCGCUGCCAAGAAGACCCUUUUGCUUGGCACCAUUAAGAUGGCAACGCUGAACCUCUUCCAGAUCGUGAGCAAACAGCUGAAGGAGGCGACCUUCGUGUCUCUGGAGGACACGCACAAACAGCUGGACAUGAUCCAGCAGUUUAUCCAGGACCUGUCAGACAUCUGGGCAGAGGUGAAGAAGAAGGAGCUACAGCAAAUCCGGGUUUGA